AUGCCGCUGGAAGCGACGAUGCUGGUGCUCGACAACUCCGAGUGGAUGCGGAACGGUGACUAUACACCGAGCCGCUGGGACUCUCAGUCAGAUGCCGUCAAUGUGCUCUUUGACGCCAAAACGAAUGCGCACCCCGAAAACAUGAUCGGCGUCCUGACCAUGGCCGGCAAGAGCCCUGCCGUGCUCGCCACGCUGACUCAGGACAUCAGUAAGGUGUUUGCUGGUAUCCACAGUAGUAAGCUAUCUGGCCGCAUUGGCCUCGCCACAGGCAUCAAUGUCGCGCAGCUGGCCCUCAAGCACCGCCAGAACAAGAACCAGCGCCAGCGCAUCAUUGCGUUCGUUGGAUCGCCUGUGGCAGACUCGGAAGAGACGCUUGUGCAGCUCGCUAAAAAGCUGAAGAAAAACAAUGUUGCCGUGGACAUUAUCAGCUUUGGCGAGCACGAACAAAACGGCGCCAAGCUCCACAAGUUGAUUGAGACUGUGAACAGCCACGACAACAGCCACCUCGUCACUGUGCCUGCCGAUGCGGGCCCCCUGUCAGAUACCCUGCUUUCAUCUCAGAUCGUGCUGGAUGGUGACGAUGACCAGGCCGGUCCGUCAGGCUCGUCAGGACCAGCCAGCCGCUUCCAGUUUGGCGUCGAUCCCAACGCCGACCCUGAAUUGGCUCUAGCCUUGCGUCUGUCCCUUGAGGAAGAGCAGGCGCGACAACGGCAGACCCAAGAAAAUGAAGGUGGCGCACAGGAGCAGCAGCCACCCACGGCCCCAGAAACACAGCAUCCUGCGGAAGGCGCUACAGGAUCACUCGUGCCCAUCGAUGCGCCGCCCCUAAGCGGAACCUCUGGCCUUGAUACAGACAUGGCACGCCAGGCUGACCACGACGACAAGUUACUCAAGCAAGCUCUGGCUCUAUCACAACAGCUCGCGUCCAAAGAAGAGGAGGAUGCUCCCAUGGAGUCGAGUGAAGCCAGCUCGCAGCGCGCCACUGUGGCAGGUCUCCAUGAAGGAGAUCAAGACGAGGAAAUGACUGAAGAAGAGGCCAUUGCGCGUGCCAUUGAGAUGAGCAUGAUGGAUUCACACAAGUCAUAA